CAGUCAACUACUCCUAUCUCUCUUGAAAAAGUGAAUGAGGAGCACAAAGCUCGCCUCUAUUUUCCUUGGUUGUUUUCUGUUACUGUAUUUCCUUUUUAGUAAGUGAGAACUGAGAAGUGAUUGUGUUGAAUGAAUCAAUGGUGGAUCCAGAGAAGAAGAAGAGCUUCGUCAGAAUUAGUGACGUACUCGUGGCUUACGCCCUCUUCGUCAUGCCAAACUAUCUCUCCGAUGUUUGGGGAUUGAGUUUGACUCACGCCUCUCUCAUUUUGAGCAUUUCCAACGGAGUUUAUCGGAUAUUACCACUGUUCUUCCUCUACUUGGUCGACAGAUGUUUAGGCCAUUUGAAGCUUUUUGCCUUCACUAGCUUAGCUUAUAGCGCGGGAAUCACCAUGGUGGACAUGUCAGCUCCUCCCCUCGCGAACGCAGCAGGCACAUGUAAAAGAUACGAGCCAGAAUGUGUGUGGCUUACUCAAAAGGGCAUCCUCAUCGCAGGCUUGGCGUUGAUAGCUGUUGGAGCGGCUGCUAACCACGUGUCUCUAACACUGAUUCUCGUGGAUGUGUUGAUAUGUCUCAGAUAGCAGGCCUAUUUGGGGUGGUGUCUGUGUCUCUUGCUGGAGCCAUUGCUCUUCCCUACAUAAUUAAGACCACCAACUCUUAAGUUUGGGAUACCAGCCAUCUGCACUCUUAUACCUACUUUCCUUUUUUUCACCGGUUACUCCAACUACACAGUUGCCCUCUCUUCAAUGUGCUUCCGAUCCGAUCAGGACAGCAAUGGGACCGAUAACAAUGAAUUCACCACUACUAGGUGUCUCGGUUGGUUGCAUAAGGCCACCAAAAGAUAUGGCGACGAAAAAAGUCCCAAUGGAAAGAGCUGCAGCACAAGUGGAAGAGGCCCAAGAUUGCAAUCCGGAACAAGCAGCCAAGCUCAAUCGCAACGUUGGGAGACUUAGACUGCCUAUUCAAGUACUCCUACUAGUAAGAAUCACAACAAAAGAUUUGCUAGGAAACAAGGUUGAAAAAUGGUUCCUGGGGCCAUCUAGAAGCAACCGGGCACCCUCCUUUGGGAUAGCAGCGGGGAUGAUGUGUUUGAUCCUGUGCUGUGUAAGUGCAGCUUUGGUGGAGAGAAAGAGGCUUAACGUUGUGAGGAGCGAUGCCUUGUUAGACCAGCCGGAUGCGCAGAUCAAGAUGAGUAUGUAUUGGCUGAUUUUCCAGUUUGUUUUAUUAGGAGGGAUGGAAUCCUUUUUGGACAAGAGUGUGAGUGCAUACUACAAAUUAAGAUCAGUCAUUCGUAUCAGUGCAAAAAUACGUCGAAAACUUCAUUCAAGGUUCGACCGGUUUGGGAUACAUGUGCAGUUGUGUUUGUGUGUAUGUUGUUGGGAAGAUAAGUGAGAGAGGAGGCAAGUCAAGCUGGUUUCAACAUAGCUUGAACCAGAGUUGUCUGGACCGGUACUACUGGGUGCUGGCGGGUUUGAGUUUGCUGAAUAUGGUGUUGUUCGUGUUUGUGGCCUCGUGUUAUAGAUGCAAGAACCCGAAAGAAGAUAUGGCAGGCGCCAGGCAGGGAAGCGCAUGAUGCGGGUGCCGCCUGAUUACAUGGAUGAUGUAAUGAAGGAUGAUCAUUUUAUUGUUGUGUAUAGUAGAUGUAUCACCAAAUGUGUUAGAUGAUCUUUUCUCAUCAUAAUAUGUCACGUUCUUGCUUUUGUUAACACUUGGAUCGGUAUAAACAACUCCUUCUAUGUUGUUUCUUAGCAGCAGUGCUCAUAUGUAUAAGGAUGUUCUUGAAAUUUCAGUCAACAUAUUUUUUCUGUUUAAA